AUGUCGACCGUCACUUUUUCGGAAAACGCUAUUCCUGCUACCAAAGCCCCAGUUUUAUCUCCUGUAGCUGAAGACCUAUCGGGUAUCAUGGACAAUGCCACUUGUGGUACACUCGAACUAGCGGACGGUACGACAUAUGCUGGUUAUUCCUUUGGUGCUGAGAAGAGCAUGUCGGGUGAAGUGGUAUUCAAUACUGGAAUGGUUGGCUACCCCGAAGCACUAUCGGAUCCGUCCUAUUGUGGUCAGAUCCUUGUCCUUACGUACCCCCUCAUUGGCAAUUACGGUGUCCCUGAUAUGAAUGUCAAGGACGAGUUCAAUCUGCCCAAAUUCUUUGAAUCGAGUACGGUUCAAAUCUCUGGUCUUAUUGUAUCAGAGUAUUCAUUCCAGCACAGUCACUGGAAUGCUGUUAAAUCACUAGGUGAUUGGCUCAAGGAACACAAUGUACCUGCUCUCUUUGGAAUUGAUACACGCAUGAUCACGAAACGGAUUCGUUCACUUGGUGCAAUGCUUGGAAAGAUUGAGUUUACGGGUCAACCUGCAGAGAUUCAAGAUCCUAAUAAACUUAACCUUGUGGCUCAAGUUACUACUAAAGAAGUGACGGUGUACAAUAAGGACGCGUCGCCCAAGAUUGUGGCUUUUGACUGUGGUAUGAAGCACAACAUUAUUCGUUACUUGGUCGCUAAGGGCGUCGAGCUCACAGUUGUUCCAUACGACUAUGACUUACCCAACAGUGAGAUCCAAUACGACGGAAUCUUCAUCAGUAAUGGCCCAGGUAACCCGACGAUGGCUUCAAAGACCAUUGAAACAAUCCGGUGGGCUAUUAACCUUGAAAAGCCCAAGCCUAUCUUUGGUAUCUGCCUAGGUAACCAGAUUCUAGCUCUGGCUGCCGGUGCUACGACGUACAAGAUGAAAUACGGAAACCGUGGAAUGAACCAGCCGUGUAUUGACAUGCGCACUACACGCUGUUACAUCACGCCGCAGAAUCACGGAUACGCAGUGGACUCAAACUCGCUGCCAGAUGGCUGGAAGACGUUCUUUAUGAACGCCAACGACAAGUCGAACGAGGGUAUCAUCCACGAACACAAACCGUUCUUCUCAGUGCAGUUUCACCCGGAAGCAUGCGGUGGUCCCACGGACACGGCCUUCCUGUUUGAUAUGUUUUUGGAGAAGGUGAACAACGCCCCGCCAAAGCUCACAGUCAUGGAUACGUCUCUGUACGACCGUCCUACAUUCUCCAAGGUGCUGCUGCUUGGUUCGGGUGGUCUGUCAAUUGGUCAGGCUGGUGAGUUUGACUACUCCGGCUCGCAGGCCAUUAAGGCUCUGCGCGAGGAAGGAGUGCACGUUAUCCUGGUAAACCCGAACAUUGCCACCGUGCAGACGUCCAAGGGUCUGGCUGACAAGGUGUACUUUGUGCCUGUGCGUGCUGAGACGGUGCUGGAGAUCAUCAAGAAAGAGAAGCCGGAUGGCAUCUUGGUGAGCAUGGGUGGUCAGACAGCUUUGGCUGUCGGUAUUGAGCUGUACCUGAACGGUGACCUCGAUCGCCACAAUGUCCGCGUCAUGGGUACGCAGAUUGAGUCUAUCAUUGACACGGAGGAUCGCGAGAAGUUCUCUGCGAAGCUGGAUGAGAUCGGUGAGACUAUCGCCCUGAGUCACCCGGCUACGACUGUUGAGGGUGCGCUGAAGGCUGCGAAAGAUAUUGGCUACCCUGUGCUGGUGCGUUCUGCUUUCGCUCUGGGUGGUCUUGGCUCGGGCUUCGCUUCCAACGACGAGGAGCUGCGCGUUCUGGCUACCAAAGCCCUUCACGGCUCGGCUUCGAAGGGAUCGAUCAAGCAGAUUCUGAUUGACCAGGACUUGCGCGGAUGGAAGGAGGUUGAGUACGAGGUUGUGCGCGAUUCCAAGGAUAACUGCAUCACGGUCUGCAACAUGGAGAACUUCGAUCCUCUCGGUAUCCACACGGGUGAUUCGAUCGUUGUUGCCCCCUCACAGACACUGUCGAAUAGUGAGUACUUUAAGCUCCGCUCAACAGCGCAAAAGGUGGUUCGUCACCUGAAGAUUGUCGGUGAGUGUAACAUUCAAUACGCUUUGGACCCACACUCGGAGCGUUACUGCAUCAUCGAAGUGAACGCCCGUCUGUCCCGUUCCAGUGCUCUAGCUUCUAAGGCUACGGGGUACCCGCUGGCCUACGUCGCGACCAAGAUUUCGCUCGGUAUCGAUCUCGUCUCUAUCAAGAACAGCGUGACAAAGACCACCACGGCCUGCUUCGAGCCCAGCCUUGACUAUUGUGUUGUGAAGAUGCCGCGCUGGGAUCUGAAGAAGUUUUCGCGCGUGUCGAACGAUCUAGGUAGCUACAUGCUUUCGGUGGGCGAAGUAAUGUCUAUCGGCCGUAACUUCGAGGAGUGUAUUCAGAAGGCGGUGCGAAUGGUGAACCCGAACCUUGACGGCCUGGAUGGCAACGUCGUCGACAACGAGACGAACCCCGAGGUGCUUGAUGCUCAGUUGAGUCACCCUACGGACGAGCGUCUGUUCUACGUCAUCUCAGCUCUAGACGCUGGCUACACGAUUGACCGCGUGCAUGAGCUAACGAAGAUUGACAAGUGGUUUCUGUCGAAGCUGGCUCGCAUCUCAACGCUACGCCAGUCAGUGCCCAAGUUUACGCUGGAUACGCUGAGUGAGCGCUACAUGCGUACGCUGAAGGUGAACGGUUUCUCUGACCGUCAGAUCGCUGCCCAGCUGCCGAAUGCCACUGCUAUGGAGGUGCGCGAGCGCCGUAAGGCUUUGGGUAUAUUGCCCUGUGUGAAGCAGAUUGAUACGUUAGCAGCUGAAUUCCCAGCCCAGACGAACUACCUUUACAUGACAUACGGCGGAUCUGAGGACGAUAUCCCGACGAGUGAGGAGGCCAUUGUUGUGCUUGGCUGUGGCGCGUACUGCAUCGGUUCAUCGGUGGAGUUUGAUUGGUGCGCUGUGAGCGCUGUGCGCACAGUCCGCGAGCUCGGCAAGCCUGCCAUUGUGGUGAACUACAACCCGGAGACGGUGAGUACGGACUACGACGAGAGUGAUCGCCUGUACUUCGAGGAGUUGAGCCUAGAGCGUGUGCUGGACAUCUGGGAUCGCGAGAACCCGGAGGGUGUGAUUGUGUCUGUGGGUGGACAAAUUCCAAACAAUCUUGCCAUGCCGCUAUCCCAGGCCGGCGUAAACAUUUUGGGCACGGACCCGGAGAGUAUCGAUCAGUGUGAAGACCGAAACAAGUUCUCGGCGCUUCUGGACACGCUGGGUGUUGACCAACCGCGCUGGGCGGAGGUGAAAGAGGUGGAUGCCGCCUUGGAUUUUGCAAAGGAGGUGCAGUACCCGGUGCUGGUUCGCCCGAGCUACGUACUUUCAGGCGCUGGUAUGAUUGUGGCCUCGGACGAGAGUCAGUUGAAAGCCUACCUGAACAGUGACGCUGUGAAGAUUUCACGCUCGAUCAGUGUCUCGAAGUUUAUCCUGAACGCCAAGGAGAUCGAGUUCGACGGUGUCGCCAAGGACGGUGCCAUUCUGAACUACGCCAUGUCGGAGCACGUGGAAAACGCUGGUGUGCACUCUGGUGACGCUACGCUGGUGCUGCCCGCCCAGAAACUGUACGUUGGCACGAUCAAGCAGGUGAAGCGCAUUGCAAGUGCCAUUGCUCAAUCGCUGAACAUCACAGGUCCGUUCAACAUCCAGCUGAUGGCCCGUGACAAUGACGUCAAGGUGAUUGAGUGCAACCUUCGUGCCUCGCGUACGUUCCCGUUCAUCUCGAAGACUUUUGAUUUGAACUUCAUUAACCUGGCGACCAAGGCCAUGCUCGGCCUGCCGGUGAAGUCAGUGCCGAUUGCUCUGAUCGACAUCGACUACGUCGGUGUGAAGGCGCCGCAAUUUUCGUUCACGCGUCUGCACGGCGCCGACCCGAGCCUGGGUGUUGAGAUGGCCUCGACUGGCGAGGUGGCCUGCUUUGGCACGGACAUGCACGAGGCGUAUCUGAAGGCUCUGUUGAGCGCUGGCUUCAAGAUGCCGAAGGAGAAGAAGGUGUUGAUCUCGAUUGGCAACCAUGACAUUAAGCGUGAGUUUGCAGAGGGGGCUCUCAUCCUACAGGAGCUGGGCUACACGAUCUAUGCUACGCCUGGCACGCAUGAGUACCUGUCCACUCAUGGCAUCAAGAGCAUUGAGCUGCGCAAGCCUUCGGACCCAGAGAGCGACCUGCCGAGCGUGAUCGAUUACAUCUCCUCGGGCAAGAUCGAGCUUGUGAUCAACGUGCCGGAGGGAUUGAACAACGAGGAACUGACAAGUGGCUACAAGAUCCGUCGUGCCGCGGUGGACUUUGGUGUCUCGCUCAUUAACAACAUUAAAUGCGCGCUACUGUUUGCGCAGGCCGUGCAAAAGGUGCGGAAGCUCGAGAUCUGCAACAUCUCCGAGUAUUACGCUAUGCCCACAAUCGGCUGGCGCCCGGGUCAGAAGCUCACGGCUCGCAAGAUGUCCAUCUUCUAA